AUGAUCGUGAUGGCACCCUACACAUCUACUACAUCAAAAGGAAAGAAGCCAUACAAAAGUUGGUUGAAAGAUGGUGUCAAUGGCGGUCCUUCUUCUAUGGAUGUCCUUGUAAACUGGUUGUCAAAGAAAGCCAAUUACGCUAAAUGGAAAGGAGAUGAUUGCGAAAGAAUCCCCAAGAAAUCUCUGCUGGAAAGCAUCAUCGAUCAAAUGAGAGAAGUCGGCAUUUAUCAUCGAUUAGCAAAAGAUGUCGCAUCAAAAAUCUCAACAUUGCAAAGUAAUUACCGCUUAGCUCGUGAAUGGAAGGAGGUCGAUGGCAAGAAACUGCUCGAAACUGGUGCUAGCGAAGAAGGCAUUCAUGAAGAACUGCUCAAGAGGUUCCCCUACUGGGAUGCUUUGAACGAGGUGUUCAAUAGCAAUCGUACCUCUGCCUGGCCCAUGUCUAUUAGCAGCAUCAUGCAUGCUUCAGAAGAAGAAGAGCUGUUUCAUGUCAAGCAAGAGGAAUACGGUUUCGACGAAGACGAUGAAUCACUUACAUCUCCAGUAAAAAGAAGACGCCGCUUAAGUGACAGUACACUGCAACCUACAACGAGAUCAUCUGUCGACAACACAUCUGAUUCAGCUAGUACUACACAUUCAACCCAAUCUCUACCUGCUUCAAAUAUACAAUAUCAUCACCAACAGCUUCUAUCACACCACCAACCUCUUCAUCACCUACAUCAACCACCACCACAGCCACCACAACAUCAGCAACCAACGAUUAUCCGUCCUCUACCCCGAGUCUUGCCCUCUCCUAUCAUUCAUCCCACUUCCACCUCAUCAUCCUCAUUAUCUAAUACUUUACCUGCACCAUCACAACAUCAACAACAUCAUCAUCAUCAACAACAACAACAACAACAACAACAACAACAACAAACACCACCAUCUUUUGGGCGUGAUCAUAUCCUUGCCGAGUCUUUAUUACAAGUAACACGUGAAAAAGAAGCUGGCCGAAUGAAGCGAUCUCAAGAUAUGUUACAGUUCUUGAGAGAGAAACGAAUGGAGCGAGAUCAACUGUUGAUUGAAAAAGAAUUGACCAAGCGAGUGAAAGCCAAAGCAGAACUUGUGAAGAAUCUCAUGGAAGCCGGCUUUGACAAAGCUGCUAUUGCUGAGCAACUUAACAUGUUGUAA